AUGGGAGUUUGCUCAUCUACACAAAAAAGAACAUAAAGAUAAAAUACAAAAGUUGAUGUCUAAUUUAUCUUGGAGACUCUUACAGAAGAGUCUUAAAUCAAUGAGAUAUAUAAAAGUUUAAAUGGUCAGACUUAAACUGUGUUUGAAAACUUGUUAAAUAACAAAAAUAUCAGUCGUAAUAUUACUUAAACAGAAUAUGAUUUCUAUUCAAAAAAAACAGAAGAGUUGAAUCUCUUAAAUUCUUAUCUUUAAAACUAUUAUAAUAACUAUUACAGAAUAGUAGUUUCUAACAUUAAAAGUGAAAACUUAUAUUACUUUGAAAAUUUAAAUCUUAAAUUCAUUAUCCAACUCUACUUGGCAAUGAAAACUAUUAAAAACAAUGGAAAUGAAUGGUGGAAUAAAUAAAGUUUUCAUACUCUAGAAAAACUCAUAACAAAUAGAUUUAAUAUCUUUCCAAAGGUAGUUGAAGAGGGAAGAAUAACACCAUUUCUAAAUUUUAUCUAACUUUUAAUAAAAUUGAGCAUAAAGCUAAUGAAUUUAGAGGGUAUGACUCUUGAUGAGAAGGAAAUUGAAUUGAUAUUUGAUACAAAGGGAUCAAUACUCUACAAUUAAAUUAAAGUUGACUUAUUAAUCUGA